AUAAACAAACAGAAUUAAAAUACUCAAAAUUUAAAUAAUUUUCAAUGUGACGCUGACAUGACAUUGAUGUGGCAAUAAUAUGACGCGUGUGUAAUACACUUGCGGUAUUAUGAUAUUAGGCUUAAAAAAGAUCAUUUUAAAAAUGUUAAAGAGGGUAUUAAAACGCGUUUAAAUGCUAAAAUAAAUUGUGCUGCCAAGUUCAAGAGAUUUUUUUAAUUUUCUCAAAUUAAAAAUAGGAAAUAAUUUAAGUGUGCUUUUGAUACUUCACUUUUAAAACAUAAAAAAAUAAAAGAAUAACAAAGCAAAAAAACAAAAAAUUGAAAAACCUUAUAAACUAAACUUUCGAUUAAAAUAAUCAACAAACUAUAUAUCCAUCCAUAUAAAUAGGAUAUCCUUGAAAGCAAUAUUUGUCACUCAUCUAAUAACCCUUUUUAUUUAAUUUUCUUUUAGUCAUGCAGACUACAAAUUUCUCCCAAUUCAACCUUCCAUCGAUACUCUGUCGCAAAACCACCUCAUCACGGAGGUUAUCUCCGGUCCUCGCGGUGGCUUCACCCACCAUAACUUCUCCAUCACGCCACCAGGUUACUCACUCAAUGCCACCAGAGAAAUUGGAAAUCUUCAGGUCAUUAGAACCUUGGGUUUCCGAAAACAUCCUCCCCUUCCUCAAGCCCGUAGAGAAAUGUUGGCAGCCCAUUGAGUUUCUCCCUGACCCAUCUCAAGGGCCCGAACAAUUCGAGGAAGAGGUUCGGGCCCUAAGGCAACGAGUUUUAGGGCUUUCAGAUGAGUACUUUGUCAUGCUUGUGGGUAAUAUGCUAACUGAGGAUGCUUUGCCUACUUAUCAAACCAUGAUUAAUACGUUAGAUGGAGUACGCGAUGAGACUGGAUCAAGCCCGUGUCCAUGGGCAAUAUGGACACGGGCAUGGACAGCAGAGGAGAAUCGACAUGGCGAUUUGCUAAGGACCUAUCUUUAUCUUUCAGGGAGAGUGGACAUGUUGAUGGUUGACAAGACACUACAAUACUUGAUUGGAGCUGGAGUAGACAUCAGACUAGAGAACAAUCCGUAUUUGGGAUUUGUGUACACGUCAUUUCAAGAGCGAGCCACGUGUUCGUCACAUGGAAAUAUGGCUAGGCUAGCUACACAAGGAGGAGACCCCAUGCUAGCACGUAUGUGUGGAGCCAUUGCCGCGGAUGAGAAGCGUCACGAACAUGCCUACACAAGAAUCGUUGACAAGUUGUUAGAAGUGGAUCCAAAUGCGACUAUGCUAGCUAUUGCACACAUGAUGAAGAUGAAGAUCGUAAUGCCGAUGCAUCUCAUGUAUGAUGGGCAAGAUCCAAAUAUAUUUGAGCACUUCUCUUCCAUUAUUGAAAGGCAAGGAAUCUACACAUCUCGUCAUUAUGCUGAAAUAUUAGAAUUUUUUAUAACACGAUGGGAAUUGGAAAAACUUCAAGGGUUGAGUGGCGAGGCAAGGCGUGCACAGGAUUAUGUGUGUCGACUUCCACUCAGGGUUAGGAAGUUGGAAAAUAGAGUCAAGAAAAUAGAGCCACGUCAAGUCAAGUUUAGUUGGAUCUUUAACAAACAAGUGAACGCUUAGUUAGAUGAAUUGACUUGAAAUAAAUAUAUAAAAACCUUAAUUUACACAGAUUUUUAAUAUUAAUUUGUGAUAGCUUAAUUAGAACCUUUAUAUAUUUGCAUCUUUAGUUGUGAACCAUUUGUCAAAGGAAGCCAUUUUUUAUAUAGUAUGGGGAUUUGGCCAGA